GAAUAUUAUUCCACUCGCGUUUCCUCGUAACGAUAUUCACGUUUCGGUUACACAGGUCUCCUGCAUGAAAUAAUUAUUAUGUUUAUGAUCUGCUGAGAGUUGCAGCGGCUUUUAGACAUUAUGUGUGCUGAGAAAGACUGUUAUAAGAUAAAAUGAACCAGCGAAACUUGAAAAUGAAAAAUUCUUAGACCGUCGAUAACAUAACCCAGAAAUAAUGACAAGGGACAGCGAGAUACCAACCAUAUUCAAUCCAAGAGGGUCCAGUAGAACUCGCGCACCCAGUGUACUGGUUACCGAUGAAGGAGUAGCUAAUGGUCCUGCCUUCGGUCAUUCGGAUUCCGUGGGCAGUCACCCCGAUUCGGCCGAGCCUCUAUCUCCAUCCACGCCACUAGGUACCAGCAACGGUACUGCCAAUGGAACAACUCAACCUAUUGGAAUUCGAGGGAAAUUAAAGAGUUGCUCUGCGUCAUUUUGUUCAAAAUCAGCCAGAAAGAUUUACUUUGGAAUAUGGGUAACAGUGUGCGUUACAGCAUCAUGGGUAGGGGCAACACAUAGUAUAAAAUACCUAUAUUUAAGAAGGCCAAAAGAUGAGGAUUAUGAUGACCCAAUUUUGGUGCCACACGACACUACCGAUUUAAAUAUGACUGUAGUACAAACUAAAUACGCCGUAUCAUACCAAGCACCAUUUUUUACCACGUGGUUCGUGACAAACUGGACCAUGUUUUUUUUCCCAUUGUAUUUUAUAAGUAGACUAAGCACCAAACGAUGUGAGUCAAUGUCGGAUAUCCUAACCGAGAGCAUAAGGGAUUUUAGGGAUAAAGGAUUUACUGCAGUGAGAUUUAUGACAAGAUGCAGUUUAUUUUGCCUACUUUGGGUAGGUACAAACUACAUGUAUAUCCUUUCUCUGAAAAUACUAUUGGCGACUGAUGUGAUGGCUCUGUUCGCCACAAACGUCUCGUUUGUCUAUUUGUUAAGUUGGGUGAUUUUGCACGAGCAAUUUGUUGGUAUACGUAUAAUGGCUGUGAUAAUUUGCGAUACCGGAGUCGCUUUGUUGGCUUAUAUGGAUGGUAUUACCGGGAGUCCCACUUUGGGUGGGGUUGUUUUGGCUACUUCUGCUGCAGCAGGAUCCGGAGUGUAUAAAGUACUUUUCAAGAAGGUUAUUGGGGAAGCAACCUACGGCCAAGUUGCUCUAUUUUUCUCGCUCAUCGGAAUGCUCAAUGCGGCUCUAUUAUGGCCGCUCAGCUUAGGACUGUUUCUCACAGGCGUAGAGACCUUGCAUUGGGACAGGCUCCCUUGGCCUGCGUUACUUAGCGCUAGCUGUCUUUCGCUAGUUGCCAAUUUACUGGGAAACUUUAGCGUUGCCCUAACCUAUGAUCUUUUCAUAACUUUGGGACUCAUCACGGCUGUACCAGUUUCAGCAGCGUUAGAUGUUGUCCUGUACGGAGCUCAAUUCGAAGGCAUGAAAUUAGCCGGAAUGAUUUUAAUAGCUGUAGGAUUUUUUUUAGUUAUGUUUCCGGAUAACUGGCCGGAUUACAUCACACGAUUACUCAGAAAUAUCAUCAUGUUGACGCACAGUGCGAGACCGUCUUUCUCCAAACGAGGGGCUCAGCAAGCGGCCAAUGAAGAGCGACCAUCACGACGUGACGUGACCACUGUCAUAAUCAGGCACUAGUGUGUGUACGCUGUAUUUAACCAUGGAGUAGACGUAGUCGUCAUGGUGUCCAAGGGGUCCAUCGUCGGGACGCCAUCGACUACAGGACCGGCUACAUAAGAUCGCACCUGCGUUCGCCUUCGGGUAGGGUCAGGUGAUCCAGCCACAGUCCGGCCAUUGCCAGGUCGCAAAAAAACUCCUUGACGAUUCCGGAGACCACCGGUCGAUCCAGUUUGCCGGAAAACUUGUUAGGAUACUUUGUUGAAUAUGUAUAAAUUGAGUUUGUAGCCGAAUAUGGGCGAUUACCUUUAGGGAAAAAUUACAAUAAUAAUAGGCAUUUUUUUAGUGAAGUUGAUGGUUGAAAUAUCAUAAGAGCUUAUAUGUAAGAUUUGGGUUAAAGUCAUUGUUUUAUUUUCGUUCCAAUCAGCUCUAUGAACUAGUUAGACAAGACAAGACAUAAACCGGGUGCCACUGCACUUCUUAUCCUGAUAAAAAUCGAUAGACACGUAUUCCGCUUCUAACGUUGAUGAAUCCUUUUUACAAAGUUUGGCCGUUUUAUGCAGAAUUUAGUUUGGAUCCUUCUUAUAUUAGUUCCUUUAUUUAAUUUCCUUGUUUGUGAAAGUGCAUGCAUACAUGUAAACAUCCGUCUAUAGGUAUGAACUAACCCAAACUAAGUUGAGUUUAGUUUUACAGUCGAUUUGGUAGGAUUUGCUCAUCAUGUCGUUUUUUUGUACUUGCAAACCAAUGUUCAGCUGUUGCAUUGAAUUCUUAUAAUUGUAAUUGUAAAAUGUCUCUAUUCGAUUAACUUUUUAUUAUUUUUAAGUCAAAUUAUUAUAUUUACAUUUUAUUCCAUUUCCUACUUGUACGCCGAUGCCUCACGCUUAUUUGACUUAUCUGCAUCACAUAGAUUUUAUGGAUUUUAUGGUGGUUGGACGCUUAUAUUGAAAUACUGGAUGAUGUUUCUUCUAUUUUAUAAAAAUUAAAAAUGUUGAGCAAAUUUUCUCUCCUCUGUCUUUUAUGUAGGUGCCUGGUUUGGUCAUGUCUGUCAUAAAAGUAAAGAAAGAUUAAUUCUAAAAUCGUUGACAACAAUAAUUGUACAAUUUCUGCUAACUUAUAGCCUUUUCAGUACUUUUUAAUGCCAAUUUUUGAUAGAUUGUUUCGAUUGGUUCUACAACUGAUUAGCUGAUUUGGUUCCAAAUCAAGUCUCAUAUCACUUGAUAGCUCCAAAGUUUGUUUGCUAUUGUAAAAGGAUGUUAUCAGUUGAUAUUUUAUGUCUAAUGUAUUUUUUAUUAUGACUUUUUUCAUUAUUUAUAUUUUUUAUAGUUUUUUUUGUACGUAGUAUGGGGUAUGGUUUAAGCAUACCACUUUUAACAAGAACCUUGGGACUUCUUUAUUACAGCAUAAUUUUUUAAAGCAUAAUGAUUUUUUGGAGAAACGAGAGGCCUUAAUAUAAUUUGAAAAAAAAAAAAAAAAAAUUCAUAAAAGCAAUUUCGUAGGUUAUUUAAAACAGAGAGAGUAGCUUUUCUCUUCUAGGUCUAUGUACUAUUUCAGAAUUUUAGACUGCAAUUUUUAAUGAAAAGGUCCUUUCCUCUAAGUAGGUACCUAUUAUCCCAGACAGCACUCGAACUUCGAAGUCUUAAAGACGUCUUUUUUAGGUCUGCAUUUAACAUCUGAACGUCUGAAGACCAAAAAAGGACGUCUAGAAGUGAAUAAUGGUUUAUGUACCUAUUGAAAAGAGAUUCCAAGACUUCCUUAAGAUAUCUCGUUGAAGACGUCUUUAGAAUAUCUUAGUCCUAAAGACGUUUUUAGGCAGACGUCUGAAAAACCUUGGGUUUUGUAACAUACGACGUCUUCAAGAUGUCUUUAGGACACGCCUUAAAGACGUAAGCAAAACGUCUUGAAUGUCGUUUGUGGACAUCUUGAGGACGUCUUUAAGAUUCCCACAGAAUUCGUUUCUCAUUCAAUUAAGAAGUUACUGGAAACCAUUCAGAAUGCUUACAUAACACUUUAGACCUUUUUAAUAAGCAUCCAAAACAGUUCAAAUCCAAAUCCGAAUUUUCAGGAGCAUUUUAGAAUAAUUGAGAAACUUCAAAGCUAUUAUAGAACAAUACGGAUUCAAUUUAGAACUAGAAACCUUUUAGAAAACUUUUGAACCAAUUUAAAACACUUAGGAGCUUCAAUGUGGCUCUAAAUAUACUUCUCAAAAAUCUUUCAGGACAUUUUAGAAAUCACUGAAAAACUUCUAGAAUGCUCCAGAACUCUUUUAAGACAAGUUAGAACACUUUAGAAAUUCACUAGCCAUUUAGAACGUUUCAAUAACACUUUCCAGCGGCAUUCAUAGAACAAUUUAAAAACCUCAGAAUUAGUUCAGAGAACCUAUAGCGCCUGGAAUAGGCAAAAAAUUAGAAGUUAUAAAAUGAGUAAUAAUAAGGAAAUAUUAGCAAGAAAAUGUUUCUCUUUCAAUUUAAAUUCUUGAAUUUUUAUAAUUUUUCCUUUUCCAGGCUCUUGAUUUUUUCUUAUUUCUGUAGGUAUUCUAAAUUCUGAAUUUUCUUUUGGCUCUUAAAUGUUUUCAUUCCAAGUUCUUGAAUUCUCUUUAUGAAUUUUAUAUGCCUACCGAGGUACCUACCUAUGUUUUCAUAUAAAAGAAAUCAAGAAUUUGAGAACGUAGCGCCUGGAAUAGACGAAAAUUGAAAGUUAUAAAAUGGGCAAGAAUAAUGAAAUAUAAGUUCAGAAGUCUUGACAUCUAAAAAUAUGACUUAAGGACGUCUUUAUGAUGUCUGUGUGUGUGUCUGUGUGCUGUCUGGGGUGAGACCAAUACCCAAAAUAGAGGUCACAUAUCGAAACAUAGGGCGCUUUCUUUUAUUCAGCGGUGGAUCCAUCAGUAAUCAGCCUUUCUUUGUCUAGCUCAUAGAAAAUAGGAAUGUCUGUCUUAUUAUGAUGGCAGCAGAUGGAUGCAUUGCUGAAUAAAAGAACGCGCCCAUAAUGAAUAGGAAUCAUGGUGUCUAUUAAUGAAGUCAAAUAUUUAAUUGGUUUCUGUUCGACAAAUUAAAUCCACAUUAUUCGCUACCUAAUUUGUUUGGUAUAGGGACACAAAUAUUAUUCCAUAUCUAAUACAUAAAACAUAUCAAUGGACUAUUGAAAAUUUCAUCUUUUAUAUGACACCUUAUAUCUAAAAAUCCUUAGAAAAUUGGAUUUUGUGCCAAAAUUUAAACAAUUUUAUACUCUUAUUAAAGCCAUAAGAUCAAACCUUUUAAUAAAAUACCUCACGAAACAAAGCAAAGAGAAACCUCCGAGCAAAGACAAUUUAACGACAUUUUUCUCAAGAAUAAGAUAAAAAAAUAUUGCACUUUUAUUUAUAGGUAAGUAUGCAUCGGAUUCGCACAUUUAAUGAUACAAGGCGGCUUAAGUAAUUCAACUUAAGUAAUUCCCCAAUCCAAAAUACACUAGUGGUUGUUCUAGUCUUCUGUAUGCUACUAUACAGUGUCCGGAAAUAAAUGCAGCAAAAUUUGUUCAGACUCUUAAAAAAAAAUAGGAGAACCCUAUUUUUUAUUUUUAGUAAAUGGCCCCCUUUCGGAAGAACAGCCCCUAAAAAUUCGCCCCUAAGCUAAGGAAUAAUAUAUAUUUUUUUUUCAUUUCUCACAGCCCUGUUAUACGAGAAUCAUACUAUUUUUGGAACACAGUAGGAGUUUUAUGACUUGAAGACUUGGAUAGUGCUAGGUACGCUUUUAGACGGAGGACUCCCUUAAAGGACACUUCUUCGUGGGGCCCCCCUAUCUUUGGAACCUCAUAACUAUGGCUGCGUAUUUGAAUUUCUCAAAAAAUAUUAUUCAGUUAGAAGGCCCAUUCAAUUUGGAAAUCUUUUUGUCUCCUGAAUUUUUCUUGUUAAACAAAUUGUUUUUGAGAAAAAUGGCGAAAAAUGAUCGAUUGUGAUUCUAGUACAACAGGGUUGUGCGAAAUGAAAAAAAAAAUAUAUGUUCUUAGGCGCGAUUUUUAGGGGGCUGUAACUUUCGAAGGGGGAACCAAAAGAUAAAAAAUACAGAUUAGGUAUAAUCUUUGAAUAAAUUUUGUUGCGAUUUAUUUCCGGAUACCCUCUUUAUUAAAGGCUGGAUUUUUUUACACCAUGUAACCCAUAUGGACAUCUAUUAACAAUUUGGCCCUUUUAGAACUAUAAAUGUUACCACAAUGUUACCCCAUCAAUUUGAACCGUAGAUUUAAAACGUUUUUAAUUACCCACGCGUUUUAUAAAAAAUUCAGCUAGUAAAUAGUAAACGUUUGUUGUUUGUAUAGUUGAUUAUUAAUGUUAAUUUUGUAUUCCUAGAAAAAAAAAGGUAUAAAAAUGUAUAAAACAAUAAUUUAAAGAUAUUUUAUUACACAAUACAGCAAAGGAGUUAUUGCCCUAAAAUAAAUAGACCAUAGAUAUUAUCCAUUCACAAUCCAAUGUCCA